AUGGAUGUUCCCAACACCUACGGGUUGGUGUUUGCCUGCACGUGUGGUGUGAUCCUGGGUGUCGGACUGGGUGCCAACCUGCUGGUCUUCUACUUGUUUGCCAAGUACAACACAUUGCGCAAGAACCGUCUGGACAUCCUGCUCCUCAGCAUGUCUCUGGCCGACUUCCUCACUCUGCUGCUCAUCCCCUUAACCCUACAUUCAGCGAUGAGCCACUCAUGGCCACUGGGCAACGUUUCCUGCAAGAUCUACCAAUUCAUGCUGGCGUUCAGCCUGGCAGCCAGCAUUUACUCGCUGUGCACCGUUUCGGUGGCUCGCGCGAUGAUCAUUACUAAUCCAUACCGGCCUCCUGCUAUGGACCUGGUCAUCCUCAUGUUUGUGCUGGUCUGGGCCCUGAGCUUCCUCAUCAGUCUUCCCCUGCGGAUGUUUGCCACUAAGGAGAGCUUAAGUCCCAGCCUUGUAAGCUUCACCUUCUGCCUGCCCACCAUCCAUGAGCAUCACUACCAAGUGGUCCUCAGCCAGUUUGUGCUCUUCUACUUCAUCCCCAUGUUGGUGAUAGCCUUCAACUACAUCCGUCUGGCUCUGUUUCUCCACAAAAGUCCAGUGAUGUCGACAUCCAGUGCCAGGAACACGCGGCGGGCCUCUCUGAUGGUGUUCUUGGCCGCUGCCACCUUCUCGUUUUGUUGGUUGCCCGGCUACAUCCUGGAGCUCUGCGUCUACUUGGGCCUCUACCGCCACGGAUGGGCAUGGGAGCUCUUCUACUUCACCUGUACCAUAUUGCAGUACUUGCACCCAUGCAUCAACCCGGUUCUGUACGUUUUGCUGGCUAAGCGAUACCGCCACAGGAGGGCGGCCUGGCUCUUUGGGUGUCGAAGGAACAGAGUGCAGCCGCAAGUCGUCAGUGUGUCUGCAGACAGUUUUUAG